GGUUAUAACGGAAUAUAUGAUAUAAGAAGGAUAGCAUAGCAGACAUUUCGAUACAGCCAAACAAGAAUCGCAUCAAGUUGGAUUAAAUGAUAAAUAAUCAGACCGAUUAAUUAAGUAGAAAAUUCAACAGAAAAUAAACUGCAGAUUCAUUUCGAUGGAUUCGAUUUUAUGAGUGAUUUCAACAAGGAAAGGCGUGUUAAAAUCUGGGUACAAGUUUAUGUAAUCUGAGUUGUCAUUAUGGUUUGAAUAACAUUAUUUAAUGACAAAUUAUUUCUAUUUCAAGAGAGUGGGAAUUUACUUUUACGAAAUGUUAGUUACCUUUAUGUAAACCCAGUUUUAACAAAAACCACUUUCGGAAGAUUAUAUUUCUACAGUUUUGACUCUGUUGGCCAUUAUGCGAAGGAUAGUAGUUUGACUGUGAUGUGGCACAAUUAUUGUCAUUUUAAUCAUAUUCGUGGAAUACAUUUACUGAACAGACAUUUGUAGUGAAAAGGACAUCCGGAGGUAGCCGUCAAUGAGAAUUUAGUUCAGUUGAUAACGAGACAGGGACAAUAGUGUCAUAAUUUGUUUUUACCGUAUAGAAAAGUGCAAUAUAACGUAGCGUAACUAUGACAACGAAUACACAGUACCACGUGACCGAAUAUAAAAGGAAAGACUAUGGACCAAUUAAGGAAUAUAAGCUAAAAAACAAACCUAAAUAUCACGAAUACAAAUCAUACCAUGAAUAUGGAAAAAUCCGUGAAUAUAAUAAAAUACGAAACCACGAACUUAGGGAAUACAAAGCUAUCAAGCCUGGUUACAGUGGCUACAGACCAGAAAAGCGUCCACCAAAGCCAGAAAAUGAACGGUUGCUUCCCAAACGCGAGAGACAGUAUAAUCGCAUGCGAUGGUUCAGACAGUUGAAGCAUUGUUAUAAAUUACCGAUGGGACCCGAAUACCCAGUAAAAACGUAUAAAACUCGGGAAUACAAACGUAAAAAACAACAGCUUGAUUAUCACGAGUACAAAGGAUACAAAUCCUUCAAGGGAUAUCCAGAAUAUAAUGGAUCAGUUCAUUAUCCAUUGACUGCCUUAAACUAUUAUGGAUUCAGACGUGGUAAGCGAGUCUACCGGCCCAUAACUCCAGCAACGGUUAAACCUAAACCGGUUUGGUAUCCAUUGGCACCGGUUCCAGAGCCAGAAUUUCCACAACAAACGUUAACCAAACCGACCGUAAUUGAACCUCCCCAACCACAAAUGACGGUUAACAAACCCCUUUCCCCGGCAUCAGAAAUCGUUUAUCCACAACAGGUUUUGAUCCGCCCGGCAACAGUCAAACCGGUACUCCCAAUCGUAAAAGAAAAGGAGGUUUAUCAACCAAUCAUCAGAGAAAACAACGGGUUUUAUCGCUUGAAACACCCGGUUACUUAUCAUGAAUAUAAGAGUUACCAUGGCUACAACACACGGUUUAGACCAUACCAGUAUAAAGAAUAUAAUCAAUAUCGAGACUAUGAUCAUUUAUACAUAUAUACCGCCAAAGACAUGCCCGAUCGUAAACCACACAUAUUUAGACAGGAAAAAGAUAUCCGGCAUAUAUCUUAUCCUGAAGAACCCGUCAAGGCUGAACCAGUGUCUAAAGCACCUGUUGAACAACCACAGAAACAGCCACAAAAAUGGAAAAAAAUAUUCGCCAAGGAGGAGAAGCUAAAGCAACAAAUUCUUAUCAUGCCAACCACGAAACCAGAAAAAGUGAAACCUAGAAAGAAACUACCAAAUCAAAAUGAACCAGUUUAUCCGAGCCAGAUGUUGAUCAUGCCAACACUCGUCGUGCAAGAGACCGUCCAAGAAACCGUGGUAAAGGAGGAACAGACUCGGGUUCAAAGAGCCCCCAGACCACGAUACAUACCCAUCAAACGAGAAUACGUAGAAGAAUCCCAGGUUUUGAUUUUACCAGUUGCAAACAAGAAGCCACACUAUGUCCCAACAACCAAACAAUAUGUAGAAGAAUCCAUCACUGUGAUUGCCCCAAAGAAAAAGCCGCCUCCGAUAAAACCAGUUGAGAUUACUGAAGAGGUUUCGGAAGUUGUUAAACCGACUGUAGCACCAAUAGUGGCGACGGCAGCGGCUGCCCCGCCUCCAAAAGCCCCAGUCCAACAGAAAUAUGUCCCUACGUACAGUACAUAUGUGGAUCAAUCGGUCAUUGUAACUAUGCCUAAGAAAUUUAGAAAAGAAGAAGUAAAGGUAGAGAAACCCAUACCAGUCCCGCCCCCUGUUUUGAAAGUGGAUAAAGAAAUUCAGACCAAACCUAUGACACCUAUUGCACAACCUAAACCAUUUAUACAAGAGCAGACAACCCAUCGUACACCUGAUCCUAUAGUCGUCCCACUUGUUGCCGCUGCCUCUAAAUCAAACCGGGUUAAACAGUCUGAGCCACGACCAAUUACUCCCCCCAGUGAACCACCAAUCCCUCCACCAUCUGUGUCUAAAGUAGUCCAACCUGCACCCGUAAUACUACAAGCCGAACAACCUGAACAAGAAAAUGCCCAAACAAUUAUUAACCCAGUAGUGGUUCCUAUUGUGCAUGCGAAACCUCCACCAAAACAGAAAGAAAAGCCCAAACAGAAGACGGUUGUGGUCGUUCCCACACCCACGCCACAGCCUAAGCCGUCUACACCAAAAGAACAACCUAAACCAGUUAUAGCACCUGUUCUAGCAAUACCAGAAGUUAAACAGAAAUCUCCAGAAUCUAAACCAGUUCAGCUACCCCCACCGCAGCCAAGUGAACUGGCACCCGUUCAACAACCGAAAAGCAAACCGGACAUUGGCCCAGUGGCAACAAUACCGCACUUUAAACCGAAUGACCCGGAACCUAAGCAGCCUCCAAUAAAAGCCGAAUUGCCAAAAUUAACGCCAGUCGAGCAAAAGGUGGAGCGGCCUAGAUACACACCUUUACCAGUGAAACCCCCGCAGCCGAGACAAGCCCCACCUAAACCGAAACCAGCGGAAAAACCUGUACAAUCCAAACCAGAGACCCCUCCAGAACCUGAUCGACCAGAAACUCCACGUACACCCCCAAAAUUACGAACCGCCAUCAGAAAACCGAGUAUUUCUCGAGCUGCUUCACCACCCUUAGAAAUGCCAAGUGCACCUCCUCCCAAACGGAAGCCGACCCCUGAAACAGCGCCGUCAAUAGCAGUACCAAAAUUAGGAGCACUAGGAACAGUCAAAAGAACGUUUAAUAUGAUGGGAUAAUAGAUCAUGAAUUCAGUGGAACUAAAAACCAGAUGUUGUUUAGUUCGUUUUUCAUUUCCGUCGAUUCAUAUUCCGUAUUUCAUAUUUUACCGGAAUCAGUUGCACAAUAUCUGACAUGAUUUAUCAGCGUGACGUGUUAUUGGUUGUGUGCUGUGAACGGCCAAUGAAAACGCAACUGUUCCAUUCCUAGCCAUACAAGGCCCAAUGAUCUACCUUUUUAUGUUAGAUCAAAAUAAAGUAUAAAAUUGUGUUGACUUGUUGCGUUAUUUCGAGGAGUGAUAUGACACUUUUUGUGCGAUUAACUAUUUGUUUAGAUGGAUUACGCGGCUUUUGGUCUGUUUACGAAACGUAUUUUCACCUCGGGCUUCCCAUGUUGUCAAUGAAACACACAUUCGUUACAUGUCAACACUAUGGCUUUAUCUACGGACGUGAACAGUUGAACGAAGACAUUUCUUAAACAUUUACAGUAUUCUGACAGUUUGGCUUCAUUCCACAAUAGAUUGUUACAAAUUUAGGACCUUUGACGUAAAAGGAAUAUUAUUUUAACAAAAUAAAUUGAUAUUAUUGUAAAUAUAUGUAUUUUAAUGUGUGAAUUGACCAUUGUUAUUGACAUUUCGUAUAUUAAAUACUUGAUAUUUCUUGUAUUAAAUACUUGAUUUUUUUUAUAAUAAAUACUCGAUAUUUGUUAUUAUAAAUACUCGAUAU